AUGAAAUCUAGGUUAAAAUUUUAAAAAUUAAUCUAUAUAUCAUUCAUUUUGCUAGCAGUUCUAGCUCAAAGCACUUUAUGUGGCGAACCGUUUGAUACAGACGAAAAAGUUCAUUAGAUAUUAGAACUGAACAAGGAAAAAUAAUAUUUCUUCAAUGGAACCCGUUUUAAUUAAACAAUUUAUUUGAAGUAUACAUUUGAAGGAGAUUUUGAUAUAGAAAACGAUCUACUACUUAUAGCAAGACCUAACGAUUUUAAGUCUGAUCCUGAUGUUUUUGUUAGUAGGACAAUACAAUUUCCUACUCCAGAUAAUGCUGAUUACAGAUGCUGGCACUCUGGAUUAGAAAUAUGUUAUAUAGCACCAAAUUGGUUAUAAGGAGCUAAAGAAAUAUAUAUCACACUAUUCAGUUACUAGCCUCAUUGCAAUUUUACUUUUGAAGCUAGACUCCAACAUCGUACAGAGUAAAUUAUUUAAUGGAACUAAGAUACUGUACUUUUCCUGGGCGCCCCUGGCGAAACUCAUUAAUAAUCUCAAUAAGUGGUAAAAAUAUAUGUCCCUCCCGAUGAAUCUAUUGAACAUUUCACUUUUUCAGCCAUAGUAGACCCAGUUUCACGUUAAAAUUUAACUGAAGCAAUAAAGUUGUAUGUUAUGUUUGGAAAUGAAACCCCUUCUAACUCUAGAAGUCUAUGGGGUAUUUAUAGCUCAAGUUAUGGAGAGACAUUCACGUCUUUUAAAUAUCAGCCAACAUUUAGGACUGGUAUCAAUUAUACUAUGCUAAUAAUUGGAUAAACAAAUACUACUGUAAAUCUACUUUGCAGAAAGGAUACAAAUGAACCUGUAAAGCUGAAAUUUAAUCUUAAUAGUGACAAACAAAAAACAUUGUACGAUGCUAUCCCAGUUGGCCGCUACUUGAUUUAUGAAUUAGAUACAGGAGUUAUGCAUAGAGAUGCUAACACAAACAAAAUAGACUAAACACUUUUGAUAAAUUUAUUAGUUUAAUAGGGUAAUCCUGAUAUGUAUAUAGAUUGUGAUUAGCCUUUAAGCUUAAAUUCUCUUGAUUAAGCUAAAUGGGUCAGUGACUCAAAUGGGGAAGAAAGUCUAAUUAUAAGUGCUUAAGAAUUUUAAAAAUAUCAAAAGUAAUGUAAUAAACUAUACAUAUUAGUUUAUGCCAGAGUUUGUGCUGCUUUUGCUUUAGAAUUCUCUAUUAGAGACUAGUUUAGAGAUGAAGAUAUUAUACUCAGCAUUUAUCCUUCUAUUUCUGAAAAUGGCUACAUAGAAGAUAACUAAAUAGUUAAUUAUCUUCUUUAAAUGGAUAAAUACACACAAGAAACUGUAUAAGUGAGCUUGUUUGCUAAAAACGGAAAUCCUGAUUUAUACAUUAAAAAAUGCAAAGACACUAAAAGUUGCAGAGCUACUAGAAAAGAACUUGAAAAUAUUAAUCAAGAUAACAAAUCAGAUUUUAUAGGCUUAUCCAAAGAGUUAGGAAAUGAUUUUAUUACUUUCUAACACUCUGUUGCUAACUGCGAAAACUCAAAUAGCAUUUAUUGUUAAUAUUUAAUCACUGUUUUCUCUAAUCCUGCACUCUAAAACAAUUCUCCUACUUAAGAAAUUCAUUAUAGCUUACUGGUUUAAUACCAAAGUAAAAGCGUGUAAUUAUUAGAGAAUAAUCCCCUUUACUAACAAAUUGGUUUGGAAUAAUUUAAUUAUUACUCUUAUAGCCUUGUUUCAUUAGAAGGAAUAAAAAAAGUCUAUUUUUAAGUUACUCCUAUUAGCGGUAUUAUGGAAUUGCUAGUUUCCAGGUAUCACACAAAACCUAAUUUUAGAGAAACUGAGCGUAUUGCCUGCUUUUGUUCUAACGUCAUUUCUUAUAGUGUAGAAGAACUCCUUUAAUAAAAUUAGCAGAGCAUUAACUUUUACAUGAGCGUUUAUGGCUUUUCUAAUUCAAUUUAUACAAUUUCUGUUUAUAUUGAAAGGUUUUAGAAAGAUGAAAAUGGAAAUAAUGAUCCAAAUUCUUCAUUAAUCUCUAUGGUCCUUAAAAAUGAUAUCCCUUAAAAGUAUGUUUUUGAUCCCACAAACAGCUAUGUUUACUUCGACAUAUUCGAGACAGAUAGUGACCCUGUUGUGAGUAUAAAUCCUUUAAAAGGUGAAUUCCAUAUUGAUGCUUGGCCUUUACUAAGCUCAAAUUAAUAAAACUACACACUCCCUGAUGAUAAUAGCGGUGAAACAGUUUACAAAACCUAAUAUAAUUCAUUGAUUCUUCAUGUAAAGAAUGUUUAGUAAAAAAGUCAAUUUAAAGGAUUUAGAGUUAGAAUUCAAAAAUUAACUAACAGAGAUCAAGCUCAGUUUACUAUUGAAUAUUCUAAUUAAUCUUAAAUAACUACCUUAUAUGAAAAUUAUCCAAUAUAAACAUACAUAAAGCCAGAUGAAACGAAAUUUUUUAAAUUUGCAGUAACUUAUGAUGAUUAUGUAGUUGCAGUUGCAUACACUUCCGCUCAUACUGGUCUUUUCAUGGAAAUCUCAGGAGAUAAGGUUCACCAAAAUGACUCGUCGGUAACAUAUCAAACAAAUUCUAUGAGUGAGAGUAGCAUUUAGAUAUUUUAUCCAUUCAAUCAAGAAUGUACUUAAAAAGUUGAAUAAAAUAAUGAAUGCUUUUUAUAUGGAUCUAUAUAAAUGUCUGAAUAGGCUUAGUAGAAAUAUACAUAAGAAAUGUAUUCUCUCCCAACUGAAAUAUACCUUAUAAGAUUCAAUAAGUAACUAAAGACAUAAAAUCUCAAUUUAAAGGAUGGAUCAAUCAAUUAUUAUCCUCUACCUGUAGAUGAAACUAAAGAUACAGAAUUUUAUACCUUUAAUUUCUAUGUAAACCCAAAUAAUUUUGACCAAGACAUAUAGGUUAUCACAACAUUAGAGCAUGGCAACUUGAACGUUAAAUACGUAAUACUAGAUACUUCUAACCCUAAUAUGAGCAAGCCUAGCUCGUGGCAAAAAUCUUUUCCUACUCUUUCUGAGGUUGAGUAAAGAAGUCUCAUAGAUAAUAGUGAUAAUGAAAUAAGAGAAAAAUAAUCAUCAAUGAUUAAUAUAUCUUCUGCAGAGUUUAUUUGCAAGCCAAAGUGUGUAGUUCUUAUAACAGCAUUCGCCAAAAAUGUUAAAAAGAUAAAAUAAAAUUCUUAAUUAGUGAUAUAAGUAGUGAGUGAUAUAAUAGAUUUAACUCAUCUUGAAUCAUCAGAAAUAGCUAGUUUUGUAUCUCAUAAUCAAUACAAAUACUUUAAAAUAUAUUUACCUUAAGAUUUCGCAGUAAUAACAUUUAAUGCUGUUGCUAUUUAGAGCAUGUUUGAUAUAAAUUUGGUUUCAUACUAUUCAAAAAAUUAUUCAUCAUUUAGACCAACAGAAACGAACUGCAAUCAAUGCUAAUCAUCCAAUUUAGAACCAGGAAGAUUUGAUCAAAUAGAAUAUAUUCCUGCUAAAGGUGGAUAUUAUAUUGUAGGUGUCUAUGGAAGUGAAGGAUAUAAAGCUAGGUUUAAAUUUAUUUGGAAUACUAAUCAAAUUUAAUAAGUUUAAUUUAGAGAAACUUAUUCAGUAUAAAUUACUUCAUAGAAAUCUUUUGUGUUUCAUGCAGAUAGGUACAGAAAUUCUGGAUUCGAUCUUUCCAUUUCGGUUUAAGAUUAAUUCAAAAAUGACAUCACUAACGAUGGAGUUCUUAGUAUGGCUAUAUAUCACUGUAAUAGUGAUUACUUAAGAGGAUGUAUAGUCGAAAAUCCAAAUUUAAAAAGAAUUGAAUCAAAAUCUCAAAAAUAUUAGUACUAAGAUAUUUGUGGUGAUAAAGUAGUUUGCACAGUUGUUUUAACCUUUAAGUCGAAUAAUGAUAGAUAUAUCUCUUUUGAUUUCUUAUUAAAUGAAAUACUCUAAGAGUCUUUUGAUUUCGAUAAUUAAAACAUUUCUAUAAUAUCUGACUAGACGAUUAUAUACCCAAUUAUGAAAAAUAAGAAAUAAAGGUUCUAGAUAAGUCUGCCUUAUAUCGUCAGUGAUGAUUUUUAACUUUCAAAUAAUUUUAUUUUGAGAGUUCAGUAAUAUAGUGGAUCUGUAGACAUCUCUCUUUGGCCAAAGGAUUAAAAUAUUUAUGAAAUUUAAAAUAGUAUUUUGAAUUUCAAGUGGAUUGAAAUUAAACCUGAGACACUUAAAAAUAAAAAUUUUGUUUACUUAGAUGUGUUUAACUGCAAUUAAGAAAGCUGCUAUAUUUAUAUUGCUCUAUAUGUUGCCAAUACACCUAAAGACAUUUCUUAAUUAUAGUCUGUUGCUGAAAUUUUAAAUUAUAAUUCCAAUAUCAUUAUAACAGGAUCUAAUAUGACCUUUAAGGACUCUCGAUUAAUCAUUUACAUACAAGAUAUUUCUAAAUAAUUGGAAGAUGCUCAAAUAUUAGUUUCUAAAGAGGAUAAAAGCUUACAAACAAUUUAAAUCUAAAAACAUAAAUAUUAUUACGAAAUAGAUUAGAUAUACGAACCAAAUCUUGAUUCUCAAAAGGUAUCUAAUAUUUUCAUUAAACUUAAUAGAACAGAUGAUAGAAUUGAAAAUUUGCAAGUCGCUGUAGCUAUUUAUUUAAUGAAGUAUCAUGGCUCAUAAAUACCGCUGUUAGCAACUCCUUAAAAUGAAAUUGAGUACUAUUAAAGCUUCAUUCCAAACAGAUUUUAUGAAAAUUAGGAAUUUGCAACUCAUAUCUUAGAUGUUCCUAAUUAAGCCAAAGAAAAAUCCUAUCUAUUAAUAGAUUUAACUAGUUGUGAUAAUGGUGAUAUACGCUUGAAGGGCUCUUAAAGCUUAGAAAAUUUUGAAUAAGGAAAAUAUGAUUUAGAAAUUAAAUAGUAAAGUAAAUAAAAAUCAUAGUUUACAAUUUAAUUAAAAGAUAAUCAAAAGAUUUAUUUAAAAUUGAGUCGUCCCUAAAAUUAGUUAAAUAAGCAGUUAAGAUAUCUUAUCUUGAGCUAUAUAAUUAGUAACUCUAAUUCUCCUAGUUUUAAGGUUUAGUCAAUAACUGGGCUAGUGGAAAUGCAAAGAAUAUAGAAUUAAAUAUAUGUCUAUUGGGAUAUGCUUACAGGUUCUAUUCAUUUUGAUGAUACGAAUAAAGUCAUUAAAAAUACGUAAUUUUAUUUAGUUAUACUGAAAAAAAGGGCUUUUGAGCUAGUAUAACCAAAUAUGAACUGUAUAUUUUCUCAAUAAUAUGCUAAAAAUGAAAAUAGUGUCCAUUUUUAUUUGAAACUUAAUCAAGAUUAGGUCAAAAUUGAUGAAGAAAAAAAAUUAUUUUAUUAUGAGCUUGAUGCUAAGAAUUUUAAGAAUUAAUUCUAAAAGUUUGAAGAAUAAUAAGACUUCUAUUCAACAAUAAAGGCAUAAAUAAAUCCUAAUAUAUAUGGUAAUAUUGAUAAAAAUAGUGUAUGGUAUAAUGAAGUAGAUUAUCAAAUUACUAAUAUCGACAAAAAUUUCUUUGUAGAUGAUAUCAGCAUGCCUCCAUAAUCCUCUGAUACUGAUGAAAGCUUACAACACACAAUAAUUAUUUUAACUAUUGUAAUUGGCAUAAGCAUGAUUUUGUUAGGAAUAUAUCUUUACCGUCGUUACAACUUGACUAAAAAAAGAAUUUAAUUUGAGGUAUCCUAUAGAGAGUAGUAAGAUAUCCAAGAAAAUGUUGAACAAUCCAAUCCAUGA